AUGGAAGGUCCGAAACCCACAGAACCAAAACAAGAGCAGCAGCAACAUGACCUCGUCUCAGCUUCCAGUCCAUAUAUUUUGCCGCAACGGACGCUCCAACCGGAGGAAAGGAAAGUGGCCGAUUUAGGACAAGCACCUCAGAUGGGGCCUGACUCUGAUCGCCUCAAUUCAUUUGAAUCUGGACUUCGGCAGCUUCAGGAUACACUAGAUACUCCCAUGUCAAGGUGGAAACGCGAAGCGGAUCCAAGCCAGGAGAUUUCUCACCACUAUACACCACCCGGUGGACCUCAUUCCCCAGUUGAAGAGACUGUCCUUGAGUACAGGUUUGAGAGAAAGGGAAACGCUUCCCAAGGCGCAUCUCCAAGCACCGAACCAAAUUUCGAUAAACAAACGGCUUUUUCAGACAGGCCAGUUGACAGACAAGAGGAGCCAGAGACAAUUACGAAGACAGCCCCGGCUGCGAAUACCUCGACGGCAAAGAUCUCGUCUGUGGUGGUUCAAUGCCUCAAAGGCUUAGGUCGGCUUGUGUCUGAAGACCUGUCAUCGUUCGCGUCGGAAGUCCCGCCAGCGCUAUGGAAAGAUGAGCUGGGACGAUUACGGGUUUGGGCUGCCAAUAUUGGGGCACAUCAGACCGGUCAAUCGUCGCUAGAUCAUCGACUACGAGAUGCAUCGCACAUCAAAGAGCAGACACUUCGCGUUCUUCAGCGGCUGCAGCGAACCACCGAAGAUAUCAACGAUGUUUUACAUCACUCACCCGAAGAUGACGAUUUCUCAGAUCUAAGCGAGGAUGAAGACGAUGACGACCAUCAAACAGAAAUACAGUCUGUAUAUCAUGCUCUGCACGAUACUAUCAACAACCUGUACCAGAUGUCCAUGGUCAUCCGGCAGCCUGCUCAACAUGAUCGCCUUCUUGGCACCAAAAGAUCAGAUGCAGUCUUUUUCGAACAUUUCGACCGGCUACAUGUCACAUCGAAAUACCCGCAGGCAGAGGAAGAUAUUCUGAAACGUCUUGGGCUGGCAAUAUCACAACGUCGAGCCGUUAUGCGGUAUCGUGAGCGUCACCGCACCAAACUCGGCCAGGGACUCAGCCAGGUCAUGGAAGAUCAGACAGACGGGCAAUCAGCUAAACUAUCAGAGACAGUCGCAACUGAAUUCGUGGAAACUGCACCAGCGGCAAAGGGCGACUUAGAAUUCCUAACUGUCGCCUCACAAACAUCUUAUGCUCAAACCAUAUUGAACGGGGCAGAAGGGACAGUUCUCCCGUCUCCCCCGAAAGAAUCGGCUGAUGGAGCUCCAUUUGAAUGUCCUUAUUGUUUUGUGAUCAUUAGCAUCGCGAACCGGAGGGCCUGGGCUCGCCAUGUCUUUAAUGAUUUGAUGCCAUAUCUAUGUAUCUUCCCUAACUGUCCGACACCACAUCGGCUGUAUGAAAGCCGCCGGGAUUGGUUCUCUCAUUUGCAGAGCCAACAUUCCAUAUCCGAAAGUCCAGGUGUACACGUGGCCUGCCCACUCUGCCUAUCUUCGGUUCCAUCUGGGAAGCAACUUGAAAGACACGUGGGCCGGCAUCUGGAAGAGCUGGCGCUCUUUGCGCUGCCGCGAUCGGAAGAAGAUGACGAUGAAGCUGCAAUUUCCUCUGAUGUGGAUUCUGAUAACUCGCACGAUUCGGCCGCUGAGGGGCAGUGCCCCGAAUGUGGGCAAGUCUGCGUCGACCGACGAGCUCACGCCAUGACGCACAAUCCUGAGCGGACGGAAAAGUGCCCGAUCGUAUCGUGCGAAUACCACACUAGGGGGUUCGCCCGGAAAUAUGACAUGAAUCGCCACGUCCUGACCCACUACAAGGGCGACAUGGUGUGUCACUUUUGUCCAGGCUAUGGGACACCAACAGAAAAGAACUUCAAUCAGGUCGAUGUGUUCAAACGCCACCUUAUCACCGUCCAUGGGUAA